AUGGCACUUCUUAAACCUUUUCCUUGCCAACUUUGUAAUAAUUCAUACUCUUCAAAAUCAUCGUUAAGUUGCCAUGAAAUCACAAAACAUAGUAUGAAUCAUAUUGUUCCACACUACCAACACUUACCUACGAUAUCUGAAGGAAUUAUCAAUCAUUUUCGUGCUGUGCUUCUUCAAGAUAUUAAUAGUAAACUGGGUUUUCAUCAAACAAAUGAAGGGUUAAAACAUAUUCAAUGGAAUUUUCCAGAAAACUUAUUUUAUUUUUUCUUUUCAAAUGAAUCUGGAUUUUCAUAUCGACCAUCUUUACGGAGAUAUUCAUGUGUUUUUAAAGGGCAAAAUGGGUAUAAUCGAAUAGGAACCAUACUGAAAUGCAAAUUCUGGAGAAAAAAUAAAAAUAAAAAUGGAUGCGAAACCUUUGUAUUAGUAGAAAACAGAGAUAAUAAAGGAACAUUAUUGAAAAAAAUAUAG